AUGGCCGGUCCGAGUCGCAAGAUUAGAGACAUCGGGCUGACCGAAAUCUACAGCUCGCCAGAGAAGCCGGCCCAAGUCGACAUUGUCUUUGUCCACGGACUCAACGGUCAUCCUAAGGACACAUGGACCAGCAAGAACGGUGUCUUUUGGCCGGCCGAUCUCCUUCCACCUUUCCUGGAGGGUCUCCGGGUGCGCAUACUCACAUACGGCUAUAAUGCCGAUGUGACUUCCUUUAUGAAUGGCACAUCUAAGGACCGGAUUCAUCAUCAUGCAGAGACUCUGGCUGCAGAUCUGACUGCUAACCGAAAUCUGCGAAAUGCCCUAGAACGACCUUUGAUUUUCGUCUGCCACUCCCUAGGCGGCAUCAUCGUAAAACGAUGCAUCGUCUCCUGCCACAAUGUGGAGGACGAGAAGCGAAAACAUCUCCGGUCGAUCUGGGUAUCAACUUUCGGUAUUCUCUUUAUGGGGACCCCGCACGCUGGCUCCGAAGCGGCAAAAUGGGGGUUGUUGCUGCAGAAGAUCUGCAGCGCUGUGUUCCCGAAGAAAUUCAUCGAUACCUCUCCGCAGCUGAUUGAGGCCCUGAAAACUGACAGCGAGACGCUUCAGAAUGUCAGCCGGCUAUUUAACGAUAACAUCAGCAGGUUUCAUGUUUUCUUCUUCCAUGAGACCAAGCCGGUUGACUUGAAAGGCACCCGUGAAUUCAUAGUUGACGAGAAAUCUGCCGCCCCGGACCUAGAAGGGGUAGAGCGCAUGGGAAUCGAAGGUGACCACAGUACCAUGUGUAAGUUCGAGGAUGAGAGUGCCCAGGGUUUCGAGGCAGUGGCAGAGGCCAUUGUGCGAUAUUCGCGGGAGGCGCCAGCCCUCAUCGCCGGCAGGUGGAAAGAAGAGAAGAAGCGCCGUGAACUCCAGAGUCGGCAGAAGGCUCAGGAAAUUGUUGGCUCGACGAUUGAUGAUGCAUCGACAAUAGAAGACACCGAACCGGAGGAUAAUGUGGACAGGCUGGGUAGGGCACAGCAUCUCCUUACUGAGUCUGAAAGUUCAAUCACUUUGAGUGCAUACGAAGUCGAGGAAGCCGAUUCGGAAAACAAAAUUCCUCGAAUGGUCCAAACUGUAGCAUCUCUGCCCGUUCAGCCAGUGCCCUUGUUCGUCGUCCCACCUGGCUUCCAUCCCAACGCGAAUUUCUUUGGUAUGGAGAAGGAGCUCGAAGAGCUACAUGCGCGGCUUUUCAGAGAGAAGCGGGCAGAGCGUCUCGUGGCGGUACUGAUCUGUGGAGGACCCGGCUCUGGGAAGACGCACCUUGCCCGGCAAUACGUACACAAACACCGCAAGGACUAUCCCGGAGGGAUCUUUUGGGUAGAUGCGAAAUCUCGCGAGUCAUGCGAGAAGUGUUUUUGGGAUAUAGCCCAAGCAGCCGCCCUCACUGACGAAGGGUAUUUCAAGAAACUUCUCAGCUCGAUGAGUUCGCUGACGUACAUUGACGAUGUCCGAAAUUGGUUCCAGUCAAGGGAGCACUGGCUUUUGGUCUUUGAUGGACUCAGUUUCAAGGAUGACGAUGACAUCAACAGCUUCAUAAAGUUCUUGCCCUUUAGCAAGAAUAGCGGCAUCAUAUACACCUCGGUGGAUCGGACUCUGAGCAAAAAGACCCGCCUCUUCGAGCCUUACUGUAUUACCGUGCGACCGCUCAAAGUCGAUGACGCCCGUCGCCUCCUCUUCAAAAGCUUGGGCAUCAAAAAGGCCACACAGGAUCAGCUGGACAAGGCGACUAGGCUCGUUAAGCAUUAUCACGGUCUGCCACUGGCGAUACACGCUAUUGGUCACCGCCUCAAGGAGACAGGAAAACCGAUUGAGAAAUAUCAUUUCAAAUCGCACUUCACGGACCAGAAGCUGGCAGAUCCCUUCCUGGGAAUCAUGUAUGAUCUGUAUGUGCGAAAGCAAUUCGAGGCUAUGAAUCUGGUUAACCUGUUGGCCUUCUUUGGCCACAAUGUGCCUGUUGGUAUGAUCAGUUUGGGAAUAAGUGCCUUGGAGGAGUUCAACGUUCAGAUUCUGUCCAGCAGCCGCCCAGGCGAACGGAAGGAUAUUGACACAACCCUGGGCGUGCUCAUCCGAUACGGGUUGAUCGAGAGGGUGUCCGAUCCAUAUCCAAGGGACCAGAAGUCGGACGACGAGAGCGCUCCAACUCCGGAGCUGUCUGAUUCGUUCGAUACCGAAAACAGCCAGGAGGCAAUCGCUUCCGUGUAUCAGAGCACCGUUGACGUGAUCAAAAUCCACAGUGUGUUUCAGGGCUUCUGUCGCGAUGAGCUCAAGGCGAAGGACGAAGAAAUUAAGAGGGAACAAGAGGCUGAGUCUUAUAGCAACGACGGCCGCGCCGAUACCGGUAAACAGGAGUCAGGACACUACGAUUCAUGGCUAGCUGUUGCGACAAAGCUCUUUUGCAAAUCGUAUGAGAAUGCAAAGACUAAAAUGGAUCGCUUACCGGGCUCGGGGUUCGUCAAAGACUAUCGUGAAUAUGAGACGCAUGCCCAACGGCUCGUCGACCUAUACCCGAAGAGACUUCAUACCCGUCCACCGCUUCUUCGAGAAGCGCGGGAAUCCCUUAAUCAAGUGAUUAAGAGUAUCAAAAAAGAGAUUGACAAGCUGUCACCCAAUGCAUCAGAGGAAUCACUUCGACACGAGAAGUCCAUCUUUGAUCGUUCGAGCAGUUCCUCGUCCGAUCCGUCAUCAUCUUUCGAGGAAGGAGGGUCGCACAGUUCAACGUGGAGUCCGGAUGAGGGCGAGUCCUCAGAGGUAGAAUCGCCGAAGGAGAUCGGCUCUCCGACGCAUCGGCACCGUGUCCGUCUUCAGUUGUUCCCCCCGCGCAUUUACCGAGAGCGAGACGAUGAGAGGGACGACGGAUACAUAACCGAUGGGGAAAGUAGCAAGGCUGCCAGUCGUCGACUGUCACUGUCUUCAACCCAGAGUACAGAGAGACCCAGGUCGUCUAGGCAAAGCGGCGGCCACACGAGCGACGAUUCGGGCUGGCAGCUUGUCAUCAGGACAAGGAAAUCAAAAGACUCCCCCUCUGGGGAGAAACAGAACAAGCGUAGAACGAUUCGCAACCUGGGCGAGUUCCGACCGGCUCCUGCGCUGGUGAAGUUGUCGUCUGUUCAGGGUAAGGGCACCUCGAGCCGUGCUUCUUCUGACGGAUCUGCCAAAAGCUCGACGACGCAGGGCCCGGAUGCGAUAUCACUGUUGACGGCAGUCCAUAAUUCGCAACCACCUUUGUCCUCUAAGUCUUCCGAGCGCCAGAAGGAGAAUCAGCGGACAUGGGCCAGUGUGGCAGCGGUUCCACCUGCGACUGGAGCCACUUCAUCAAAGAAAGGGUCGGUUUCUGGAGGCUCGGUGAACAGACUGGGGAUUUCAACGAAGAGCUCACGGGAGUCGCUGAGUAGUCGUUCCAGUAAUAUCCAGCCGUCGCCGCUAUCCACUGAGUUCAAGCCGAACCAGCUCACUCGCAGCGAGCCAGGUCUGGUUCCAGGACACCCUGCUAGGGCAAGGGACGUCAGUUCAGCGCCAGGGUCGUGGCACCAUUCACGGCGUCCUUCAUCCCUCGUCCUACCGGAUCCUGGUCGGGGUCGGAGACUAUCAGCUAACGCGCCCCUUGCUGAACUGGGCAUCGAUGAUCUCACCUUCCAAGGAAAAAUUAUGGUGACAUCUGAGCGUCGAAUGAGGUCGCCAGCUCGGACGACGCGUACGACGCCGAGCUCGGUUGCGCAUCCGUCUGCGUUCAUGCCUGGAGCCUCACCACCAGCGUUGCCAGCGGGGUACAUGUCUGAGCCACUUUCAGCGCCCAUGUCUCGAGAUCCGUCGUGGCAGUCGCGCGACUCGUGGCAGACGGAGCCAAUAUUUUCACCGACUAUGCUGCAGCGUCCGGGGACUGGGUACGGGUAUCAGCAUGCUGCCACCCCGCACGCGGCUCAUUUCGAUCCUUCUUCUGCGACGACUGGGUGGACCAGAUUCGACUAUGGCGGCGAGCCCGAGCUGAUGCGUUUUGGAGAGCAUGAGGUCGACAUUAGGGGCGCGCGUCAACGGGUGCUGGACUGGGAAAGGCAUCAAGCGCCACCAUUGUCGUCGAGACCUAUCCUUCCUCACAUGGAAUACGCAACAGGACCUGACGUGGGCUCCAUGAUGAUGGGACCGAGCCAGGGACAAGCGUAUUUCGCACCGCAGGAGAAUUACAAUGGUCGUCUGCGGAGAGGGAUAUCUCCUUCGCGCCCUGACUACCGAGGACUUGGUCUGCAGUUUGCUCCUGAGCGUGAGCGUGAGCGUGAGCGUUAG